AUGGCUGUGAGAGGCUUCGUCUCAUACUGGAUACUCCCAGUCAUCUCCAGUCUCGUCUGGUGCGGCAUGCUGCUGGGCCUCCUCCUCUACUGGGUCGUCGAUACGAAUAGCGAGCAUUACUCUUAUAUGGAUAAGGGUGACAACAUUGCGUUCAUCAGCGACAUUGGCGCGUCCAAGCUCAAGCCUCUCUUCAUCGCCGGAUCAUCCGUCACGACCGCCUUCCUCGAUCUGUCUUUUGCCGCCGAGCGUUUGUUGCGUCACAACGGACGACUUGUUCCCAACACGACCGGAAAAGAAAAGGUCUUUUCGAUUCUGAGCAUCAUUUUCGCCAUCGUCGGCACGUGUGGAUUGAUUCUGUUGUCCAUUUUCGAUACUCACCACCACCACCGAGCUCACGACGUGUUCCUCCUGCUGUUUAUUGCUGGAUACAUCAUCUCUGCCAUUUUCAUCUGCGCCGAGUACUAUGUGCUAGGUUUAUAUAACCGCCAUCACAAGGUCCUCCGCAUCUCAUUCUGGGUCAAGAUCGCAUUCGUCAUCGUCGAGUUCGUUUUCGCCGUCGUCUUCGUGGCUACCAACUGGAGCAACAACGAAAACGUCGCCGCCGUCUUCGAAUGGAUCAUUGCCUUCAUCUUCACCUUCUACAUCCUUUCCUUUGUCAUUGACUUGCUGCCCGCCGUGCGCACAAAAGACCACACCAUGCGCUUCGUUAAGAAUCUCAAGCACGACAUGGAAUCAUCGCACAGCCAAGACGGUAAUAGCAGCGUCCAGAUGCAGCAGAACGGCCACGAGGAAGGUGUUACCCGAUACAACUUCUAA